GGCAUUGUGUUGUCUGCAAUAUUGUUGUUCUCCGCCACUCCCCUUUCUAAAUAUUCAACCUUCCACUCUAUAAAUCACAAUCUCUCUUCUUCCGUCCUCCUCCGUCAACCCGCCGGCGCAAUUUCCACGAUCAUGACCAUGAGCAGCAACCCCGGUCAGGGAGCUGGUCAGCAGUUCGGCGACACCACGCUGACCAAAGUCUUCGUCGGCGGGCUGGCGUGGGAAACCCCCAAGGACACGAUGCGCGACCACUUCGAGAAGUACGGCGAGAUCCUCGAGGCCGUCAUCAUCUCCGACAAGCUCACCGGCCGAUCCAAGGGCUACGGCUUCGUCACUUUCAAGGAAGCUGAAUCGGCGAAGAAGGCCUGCGAGGACGCCUCUCCGGUCAUCAACGGCCGCCGCGCCAACUGCAACCUCGCCUCCCUCGGCGCUCGCCGCCAGCAGCAGAGGUCCGCCGCCGCCCCUCCCGCCUCCACCACUCCGCCGCCGCUUCCACAUCACCACCACCACAAUCGACAAGGAUCCAACGGCGGGGUGAGGUCCACGUCAGCGGUAGGAGCAGCCAAUCACCAUCAAGUUCAGUGGUACUAUCCAGCUGCAGCAUCGGCGGCAACUGCCGCCGUCGCUUUCGCACACCACCACGCCGCCGUCCCUUUCUACGGGUACAAUCCGACUUACAUUGCAACCGAUAUGGGCUACAAUCAGAAGUUGAGCUACGGCGGCGCCGGUGCCGGAGGGGCGUACAUGGGCGGCGGCGGCGGGCAGUACGGUCAUCAUCAGGUUUACACGGGGAUGAUGGGAUCCGGAGGAAAUACAAUGAUGCCAAUCUACCCGGUGUACCAGUACUACGGAGGCGCGCACCACCAAUCUCAUCAUCAUCCGGCGGCGGCAAUGGGGAUGCCGGCGAUGUACUCGCCGGCGGGGCCCAUCAUCUCCAAACCUCCACCCAUGGUGGCCCAUCCUCCUGCCUCCGGUAAUCAAUCAUAAAGAAAUGUCAAAUUAGUUAUGUACAGUUCGUUAAACCUGCAGUUCGCGGUUAACCACAUGCAUGAUCCUUGUACAUAUGAUUAUCAAUUCCGAUUGACCGGGUCUGUAAUAUAUAACAACACGCAUACUGUAUAUAUAUGUUUUUCCCCAGUGUUGUUUGUUUAGGGUUUAGGGAUUAGGGUUAAAAGAUAAAUUGUCCGACGAAGAGAAUCGUUCAUGUCACGUGCCUUCCUGAUUGGGUUGUAGUGGUGGGGCCCGCUCUCAUUUCGACAGCUGGCCAAUUGGGCGGGAGAUGAACCACAUGGGAAGAUGGAUCAUCAUAUGUGUGCUUUCUCUGCAUGAAUUUGACCAAGUUAAUUUGAUUAUUUACUGCUGCUUGGAAAGGAGGGUAGUAAAAGAUUAUUUUUAAGUCGGGUGUGUAAAGUAAAAGUAAAAAGAUGAUUUUAUGAUGAUUAAACUGAUAUUACAAAGACAGUUUGCUUGGCUGUGGAGUAGGUGGUACAGUUGGGAGCAGUUGACAGCUUUAACAAGGUUGGUUGUUAAAGCCAAAGGCCGGUCCCCAAUUUCUCUUUUAACACCGCAAAAGGAAGAAAAGAAGAAGCAAAUAACCAAAUUAUGUCGCCGCCGAGGAAAAAGAAAGCUGGGAUCUCGUCAAGCUGCUGCUGGGCUGGUUGUUGGGCUCAUGGGCAUGCUUUUGCUGCUACAGAAUCACCAUUAUUUAUCUGGAUCUGUCGCGGCCCAUUCCAUUUUUUGUUUUGUUUUGUUUUUCCUUCAUUAACAAAAAAAGAAAAAAAGUCGCUUUUCUUUCAUUAUCAUUAAUUUUGUUAUUGAGUUAAUUUGAAGGGCUAUUAUUUGAUUAAUUAAUUCAACUAGCUGCAGGUUCAAUGGAUACUGGAUAAGAUCAUAACCAAGAUGACUCUUUGAUUAUUCUAAAUUUUUG